AUGGCAUCAUCGGCGUCGAAAAAACGAAAACGAAACAACAACGACGAUGACGUAGAUGAGGAACUCGUGCAAGAUAUCGUACGUAUUAUUCGUACUAGAAACCAUACCGUACCAGAUUAUGAUAUUUCCAACGAGCAAAUUCACGAACUUGUGGACAUAAUUCGCACAAAGCAGACUAGACGUGUACGUCCAGAAUUGUUUAGUGCUGAAUUAUUACGCGUCAAUAGACGAUUUAAUCACAAUGAAUUUAUUUAUAAUAUUAACGUGGGUCGUAAUAAUACGAGUAGUUUACCGGAUUUUUUACAAAGUAUGAAUACUGUUUUUAAAUAUCUCAUAAAUGUAAUGAACUUUAAUGCUAGUUCGCCUACAGAUAAAGCACGUUUUUAUAUUUCGAAUGCACCGACGGCUAGUUUUUCGACGGCUAUUUUAAAUGUAGGUGAUUUUACACCUGCGUUGUUUUUAAAUAUUUUCGAACGACAUAUGCAAAGUAAUGCCCGUACCGUGAUUGACAAUGGCUGGCAAUCGAUCGUGAGUCUAUAUAUUUUUCCCAAUAGGUAUGUGCGUCCUCCAAACAAUAAAAAAAAAUACAGACAGCCUAAAAUUUAUAAAUACUAUGGUAAAAGUCCUAGUGAGUCGGGUAACGGACGCACAUCGGCAAAUAAGCAUGGGCGGGGGGUGCGAAAUGGUGUUUUUCAAGUGGUAAGUAGUAAAAAGUGUUUUGCCCUUAGUUUGCUGGUGGGAAAAUCAUUUUUGCAAAAAGACAAACAGUACGACGUUUUAAACGUACGACGUAACACGGAACUUACGACGUUAUAG